AUGGUAGACGACAUCUAUUCAAAUAUCAAGGAUGCCGAAAAACUCGUACCCGGACAGCUUGCCCUCUUUCUAGCCAUUUUGGCAAGUGCAGCGGCGACAUAUCAGUUCUUUUUCGACGAUGUUCCACUCGACCUUUCGAUUUCCGAUGCGUCUCAAGUCUCGUUGUACUGGACUAAUUCUGCAUUGGAGAUGUUGGAAAUAGCGCGUCGAACAUGUGAAGGCGUGAUUGAGGACAUCCAAGCUACAAUACUGCUGUCAUUUCUCCUAUAUCAUCUCGAAGGCUUCUCUGCUAGGGUUCGUGGUCUGUUUGCUUCGGCUACUUGCAUUGCACGCGACCUGUCGCUCCACAGAAUCGACGUUCCAAGUAGUCAGAUUUCGGACUCUCGAUCACAACCCGAUCCUGUGUCACUCGAAAUGAAGCGGAGAAUAUUCUGGCAUGUUGUUGCCACUGACUGGCUUCUAUCACUGAGCGGCGGCCCCCAAGAAGGCACCUAUAAUAUGCAGCCUCGACAUAUGAUUGUGAAACGACCGCGAAAUGUUGAUGACAAGGACCUACGACAGAAUCCCAGUCUUGACCAGCCAAUUUCAUCUCCAACUGUUAUGUCAUAUUACAUACAGCGUAUCAACCUGGCCGAUUUAUGCCGCAGGGUCGCAGAUACAAUGCCAUUACUUAAUGUGGAGGUCUCGCCAAUAAACUACCAAGAUAUCAUUGCACUGGACAAAAGAUUUGAAGCAUUCCUGGAAGAAUUACCAACUUUUCUCAAAACUGACGAACAGAGUCGGAUGAGUAGCGAAGAAGUCAUGCUCAAGUACCCUCAGCUGCGUGCUCAAAGAUAUGCGCUAGGAAUGAUAGCAUUGACAAGACGUUGUAAGCUGCAUCAACCCUUUCUUAUCAGAGGCUCCAUCAACAAGGGGUAUCAUUUUUCCAGGGAAGUGUCACUCAAAUCAGCGCGCAGUGUUAUCAAGUUGAAGAAAUCAGUGGAAUUGGAACCUGGAUCUGUUUUCGCUUCAGAUGUCAAGCUCACAGGAAUAUGUCACCACAUCUUCAUGGCGACAAUAGUUCUAGUGACUGAUUUAUGCUUCAACAGAGGCCACGGAGAUGAUGAGGAACGACACUAUGAGGUAGUUGAGGCUUUGAAGAUCUUAGAAGAAGCCAAAAGUCGAUCUCGAAUGGUUGGUGAGUUCGUGGAGUCAUUGGAAGAUGUUCUUCGGAGGCACAAGGUCCACCUGCUCAAUCGGCCUCAUACUACCAACAAUGUUGGCUCAUCAAAUGCUCAAAUGGACCAACCCCAUAAGGAUCUACAGACAACUGAAAGCAUAAGGGUCAAUACUUCAAACCCUUGGGAAACACUGGAAGAUCCAAUGAGUUAUCCCUCUGAGUUUGACUCGGUCUGGAGAGACUAUGUGCAACUUGGCCCAGUUCUCCAGAUGCCAGAGUGGGAUAGCUUGUUUUCUGACCUUGACAAUGCUUUCAAUUAG